CAUCCCUCCUCAAACGUCACCCUCCCUGCGUCGCCGCUCCCGCUCCAUCCCGUUGUGCCAUGGAGGCGGCCGCCGCCCUGUCGCCUCCCCUCGUCGCCGCCCUGACGCCGACGCAGUCUUAUACCCUCCUCGCCGGCAUACUGCCUCGCCGCCCAUCCGCGCUCGCUCACCACUGCCAUUCCCUAGCCCCUGCAAAACUCUCCUUUUCGACCGCCACUCGGCACCGUGCUGGCCUGUGUCUGCGACUAGUGCCGUGCCAUGAAGCUCAACACGGGAUUCUUCGCCCAGGACGACGUGCUCCACCCGCACCUCACCGUCCGCGAAACGUGGAGCUCUCCAACGACCUCCAGAUCUCCCCCGGUGGAUGGCCGGGGCGAAGCAGAGAAGUUGGAGCCGGCUGUAGCCGUAGACUCCAGUAUACGAACCCGGCUUGAAUUUUACAGCAUGCUGACGAUGUGCCAGUUCCUCGUGCUGAUAAACCUGAAUCUCAUAGCCAUGCCUCUAUCAAGAAAAGAGAAGAACAUCUGCAAACACAUAGAUUGGACAAGUAAGAAGAACAGCUGCAAAGAUGCUCCAAGUUGUUGUCAAUCGAGCCAAGGAGGGUGUAGUUUGAACCAAAGGCGCAAUCGUCUGGGUGUAGUCAUCAAUAAAAUGUAAAACAUUGAUCUGGUAUCAUAUGUAAUACUGCCGGUGGUGGGUUUUGUUAACCAGCUCGCUGGGUUCACAGGAACCUGUCCUGUGUCUUUGCAAAGAGAUAAUAAAAGACGAUGUGAUGGUUAAUCUUUGUAUUUUA